UUUGUGCGCAUGCGCUAGCCGGGCGACGGGGUUUGUGCGCAUGCGCUAGCCGGGCGGCGGGUUGUGCGUAUCCUUGGUGGCGUUGGCGGGACGAGCGGCGGCGAUGCCUCGGGAAAUUAUAACGUUGCAGCUCGGCCAGUGCGGCAACCAAAUUGGAUUUGAGUUCUGGAAACAGCUUUGUGCAGAACAUGGUAUCAGCCCUGAAGGGAUUGUUGAAGAAUUUGCCACUGAAGGCACUGACAGGAAGGAUGUCUUCUUCUACCAGGCAGAUGAUGAGCAUUAUAUCCCAAGGGCUGUGCUAUUAGAUUUGGAGCCUCGUGUGAUUCAUUCCAUCCUGAAUUCACCCUAUGCCAACCUGUACAACCCAGAGAAUAUCUACCUGUCGGAGCAUGGCGGAGGUGCAGGCAACAACUGGGCCAGUGGCUACUCUCAGGGUGAGAAAAUCCACGAGGAUAUUUUUGAUAUUAUUGACCGAGAGGCAGAUGGAAGUGACAGUUUGGAGGGCUUUGUUUUGUGUCAUUCCAUUGCUGGUGGAACAGGUUCUGGACUGGGCUCCUACCUCCUAGAGAAGUUAAAUGACAGGUACCCAAAGAAACUGGUGCAGACCUACUCUGUUUUCCCUAAUCAGGAUGAGAUGAGUGAUGUAGUGGUGCAGCCUUAUAACUCGCUCCUGACGCUGAAGAGACUGACUCAGAACGCAGACUGUGUGGUUGUCCUUGAUAACACGGCGCUGAAUCGGAUUGCAACAGACAGGCUGCAUAUUCAGAACCCCUCCUUCUCUCAGAUCAACCAGCUGGUUUCCACCAUCAUGUCUGCAAGUACUACAACGUUGAGGUAUCCUGGAUACAUGAACAAUGAUCUGAUUGGACUGAUUGCAUCCCUCAUUCCCACUCCAAGGCUACACUUCCUUAUGACGGGUUACACUCCACUUACUACAGAUCAGUCGGUCCCAAGUGUGCGUAAAACAACAGUUCUGGACGUCAUGCGAAGAUUGUUGCAACCGAAAAAUGUGAUGGUGUCCACUGGCAGAGACAGACAAACUAACCAUUGUUAUAUCGCAAUUCUGAAUAUUAUCCAAGGGGAGGUAGACCCUACUCAGGUGCACAAGAGUCUACAAAGAAUAAGGGAGCGGAAGCUGGCCAACUUCAUUCCAUGGGGACCGGCCAGUAUACAGGUGGCGCUGUCACGGAAAUCUCCUUACCUGCCUUCAGCUCAUCGUGUCAGUGGCCUCAUGAUGGCCAAUCACACCAGCAUUUCCUCUCUGUUUGAGAGAACCAGCAGACAAUACGACAAGCUUAGAAAGAGAGAAGCUUUCUUGGAACAGUUUCGCAAGGAGGACAUGUUUAAGGAGAAUUUUGAUGAACUGGACACUUCUCGGGAGAUUGUGCAACAACUAAUUGAUGAGUAUCACGCUGCUACCCGUCCUGACUACAUCUCCUGGGGUACCCAGGAGCAGUGAAGUGUAAUGUUCCUGCAGUCAGCCUUAAUUGGCAACACCUGAAAAUUACAAGAUUCCAGUGUGUAUGGUAUUCUAAAUUGAUUUAAAGAAAGCCUUUGUACUUAUCUUAACAUCUGUGUUAUUUAUCUGUUCAAAUUUCCUUUGUGUGAAAAAUAUAAUUGGAUGUCUCAAAACAUAGUAAAUGUACAGGGUACCCUGGAUCAGACUCGUAACAGCCUGAAGAAUGACUGAGGCAAGGUGAACUGGUCACGUUUGCAUCCUUUGAAUGGAUAAAUGCAGAUACAAUCAGCUCAGCCCCAAUGUUUGAACACUCGUCUUGGGGAACAUCAGGGUUGUUGCUUUACUUGGGAAACAUCAGUAAAACAUUUGCAAAGGGCUCCAGGAACCUAGAUUUCAAACUCUGGAUGUUAUUGACGUGUUUUGAUUUGGGUUACAGUUUGUUCAGUCUCCAGGCAGUCACAAAAUAUCGUCUGCAUCAAUGAUACCUUCAACAGACACUCAUAUGAUUGAAGCUCUGUUUCAGUUGUGCUUAGCUUGUGCUUUGUGUAUUGAGCAUGUGGGAAUAUUUUGGAAGGAGGAGCUUGUACAUAAUGGUGUAGUGUACUAUUAAGCUACUCAAUGUGACACAUGCUAAUAAACUUUUUCUAUUGAACAAUAA